AGUUCUUCAGGUUACAAGUAGUAACAUGAGCUGCAGCUCCUUUACAGAUGGAAAGUCAUGAAAACUGAAAAGGCCUGUUUCUGUUUGUUGUUAGAGCAGUUUGAAAUGUUCAUGUCACGUUCAUGAUUUAGAUAAUAUAUUUAUAGAAUUUUUUUGGAUUUAUGAUAUGUUUUUAAGCUGACCUUGUUUUGAUUCCACACCCCCGUCCUCAUUACCACCUUGAGCAAAGCCUAAGAACAAAAACAAACAAAAAACUAAACCUCCCUGAAUAAAUAAAGGUUUAAAUAGGUUUUUAAAAAUCUUUUGCAAGUCCUGACAAACUCAUACUCUAAAAAUUGUGUUUAUAUACUACGGUACUGAAUGGUUUUGCCAAAUUGGUGGGUGUUUGGCACUGCAGACUAGACUCCACCUCUUGCACAAGAUCAGGUUUAGAGAGGAAGGAAAUGUGGUCAACACAUUAGUUAGAGCUCAAGGAUAGAAACAGUAUGAUUCAUUCAGCCGCACUGACACCUUAAAUCUGUCUCACAUUAGUAGCGCGGAAGUUUAACUUGGAGCAGAAGCAGAACUUGUGCAUCUAAAACAUGUCUAAGACAGCAACACUGGAAUGGACGUGCCUUAAUAUCUAACAGGCAACUAGGCAAGACUGCUGUAAGGUAGAGCCAUCUCACUCCCACUUCCAACUAGACUCUACAAACCAGCUCUUCAAGGAAAUGGCUUCCAAGCGGCAAAUUUGCUUCAAGUGUCGCAUAGCAGUGGUCCUGCUAGUCCUCUUGGCUGGUAUUGCAGCUCUCAUCGCUGUCGCCAUCAUCCAGGACACCUGGAGGUCUAAAGAGUACAGCUUCCAGUAUGGCAUAGUGAUAGACUCGGGUUCAUCUCGCUCCAACGUGUACCUGUAUGAGUGGCCAGGGGAGAAGGAGAAUGAAACAGGAGUGGUGACUGAGAUAAUGAACUGUAGAGUUGCUGGUGACGGUAUCUCAGAGAUGAAAAUUGACCAAGAGAAAGAUGCUGCAUCAUGGAAAGCCUUCCGUGCCUGCAUGGAGAACAUCACCAAAGCCAUUCCUCCUAAAAAACACAAAACUACACCUCUCUUUUUGGGAGCUACUGCUGGAAUGCGGCUGUUACAUGAGGCGGAUGAACAGAGGUCCAAUGAAAUCCUGGCAAGUCUCAGAGACUACCUGAGCUCCCUUCCAUUCAUCUUCCAAAAUGCCUCAAUUAUUACUGGUCAGGAAGAAGGGCUGUAUGGGUGGAUUACUGUCAACUACCUCAUGGGAAACUUCCUAGAGAAAAACCUGUGGAACACCUAUGUACGCCCAGAAGGGGCAAAGACAGUGGGAUCCAUGGACCUUGGUGGAGCAUCGACACAGAUUGCCUUUGCAGUCCAGGACGAUCUUAUGGGGCCUGACUACCUGCAUGUCAAACUGUAUGGUUACCCUUACAAUGUCUACACACACAGUUUCCUCUGCUAUGGCAAGAAUGAGGCUGAGAAGAGGGUCCUGGACAAAGUAGUCCAGGAAUCAUCUGACCCAGCCCACAUUAACAACCCCUGCUACCCUAAAGGUUACAACUACACCAUGAAUUACUCAUCCAUUUAUAACACAGAGUGCACAAAGAAGCCAGCAAACUACAACCCAGAUCAGGAACUCCUCAUUGUGGGAGCCGGUGACUCAGACAAGUGUGAGAGCAUAGUGAAAUCAAUAUUUGAUUUCAGGACUUGUUCCUCAACCCAGUGCUCCUUCGAUGGGGUCGAGCAGCCACCAGUCACUGGAGAUUUUAUGGCAUAUGCAGGAUUCUUCUACACUGCUAGGGCUCUGCUGAUGAAUGGCACAUCAGAUUUUGAUCAGUUCAACACCGCAGUUAGGAAAUUCUGCCACACAGAGUGGAAACAGCUGGUGGAAGAAAAGACAUGGAUCUCUGAAAGAUUCCUUCGGACUUACUGCUAUGCAUCUCACUAUGUCUUCACUUUGCUGGCAGAUGGAUACAAGUUUGACAAUGAGACCUGGAAAAACAUUAACUUUCAAUCACAGGUAAAGAAAACCAGCAUAGGUUGGAGUUUGGGCUACAUGCUGAGUAUGUCUAACAUGAUCCCGUCUGAAGUGAAUGAAAUCCCCCCAAUGACAGACCCUGUCUUUGCCGGCCUUAUCUUUCUAUUCUCAGCCAUAACCAUUGUAACCACUGUCUUAGUUUUCAUCAUUAUCAUUCGCACCUGCUACUGAGAGUUUAACAUUCACAAAAGGAAUGAUCUGCCAUUUUAAGCCUUGGGGGCUGCUGUAAUCCUGUAAGAAUCUGUAGGAUCCUUCAGUAGCAUGUGCCAAGGCACCUGUACUGAUCGUUGUUAUGAGUAUGUUUUUAUUUUCAGCCUGAGCCAUUAACUGCCUUCUAUUUCAAUUAUGAAUUUUAUGAGUGUCUAAAAACUGAAGUAAGCCUCAAAAUGAAAACCCCUCACUGUGUAUCCUGCUAGUGUCUUUGAGCUAGCCUCAGAUGUGAGACUUUGUUUUAUUAGGACAGUUAAAAAAAACAAAACAAAAAAAACCAGCUCUAAAGAGCAUUAAAAACACAGUUCAUUUUUAUCUCAGGGAAACUCACAUGUGUUUAAGUAAUGGGACCUUUUUACAUUUAGUUGACUAUGGUCUUUUUCAAGCGCCAGUAAAGGAAAAAAAAAAGUUGUUGUUUACAGACAAAAAAGUGACACACUGGUUGUCAGAAUGACAGAAUAUGAAAGGGCACCCAGAAAUGUCCAUGCUCACUCUUUUUCGUUGAACAUUGUGUCAUCCCAAAAAUUGUUCAUUCUCAAAAUGAGAUUAUUUAUGUGCAUGCACACUUGUGUGCUACACACAUGGACCCUCAGGCAGAAGCAUGAGUUACAAACUCACCUAUUGAUUAUGUUUUUCUUCGUGUAGAAUAUAUAUGUAAUUGCACUGAAUGCGUCUGCUUUACUUACAAAAUAGUAGCACUUUGCUUCAGCUUUGUUGUAGUGUUUUUCACUGUGUGUGAACUCAUUGAAAACUAUAGGUACAUAACAAUACUCCAUACAAUACUCAAUAAAAACCUCCCUAAUAAAACA